UGAUUUUAUCUCUUUUCUCAUCAACAAAUUAAACCUUGAACAAUUUGACAAAUUUUUGAAGUUUUAAGAGUUUUAAAAAUGUUGCCUCAUGAUCAAGAGAAUAGUAGUAACAUCCAUGGUGGUUCGAGUAAUGUUCUUGUACGUGCUCGAAUUGAUAGCAUCUCACUUCAGAUCGAACCAAAUGGUCCAACGUGUAACAUUAGUCCUCGUGUGAACGAUGAUACAGUCUCAGAUCAUCAACAAUCACAUCAUGCUAAAUUAUCAAUUCUUCGUGAAUCUUUACACCCCGUUACACUUAAGUUUGAAGAUGUUUCAUACACUAUCAAAUUGGAAAGCAACAAAAGGGGUUAUUUUUCUUCACAUCAACAAAAGCAAACUAGAAUGAUACUUCAAAAUGUCAUGGGAAUAGUUAAGCCUGGUGAACUUUUGGCCAUGUUAGGUCCAUCAGGAAGUGGUAAAACAACUCUCCUAACAUCGAUAGCAGGUCGAUUACACGGUAAAUUCUCCGGUACCAUAACGUACAAUGAUCAACAAUUUUCGAGCUCAAUGAAACGAAAAAUUGGUUUCGUGACACAAGAUGAUGUGCUAUAUCCUCAUUUAACCGUCCUCGAAACGUUGACAUACGCUGCUUUGUUAAGAUUACCUAGUAAAUUAACAAAUCAAGAGAAAAUUGAGCAAGCAGAGUUGGUUAUAAUGGAAUUAGGGUUAACAAGAUGUAGAAAUAGUAUGAUUGGUGGACAAUUAUUUAGGGGAAUUUCAGGUGGAGAGAGAAAAAGAGUGAGUAUUGGACAAGAAAUGUUAGUGAAUCCAAGUUUAUUGUUACUUGAUGAACCAACUUCAGGUCUUGAUUCGACUACAGCUCAACGUAUCGUGUCAACGUUACGUUGGUUGGCUAGAGGGGGUCGGACUGUGGUCACAACGAUACAUCAACCUUCUAGUACGUUGUUUAGAAUGUUCGAUAAAAUUAUCGUCUUGACCGAAGGUUGUCCGAUUUAUUAUGGGAAAAGUAGCCUUGUUAUGGAAUAUUUUGCAUCGAUUGGUUACGCUCCUGGAUUCAAUUUCAUGAACCCUGCUGAUUUUCUACUUGAUCUUGCUAAUGGUAUUACACAUGAUACAAGGCAUGAUGAUCAACAUGAACUUAUUAUGAAACAAGAUCAAUCUGAAAAUCAAAAUGCAACCAAACAGUCCUUAAUUUCCUCUUAUAGAAAAAAUAUUUAUCCUUUAUUGAAAGAGGAAAUUAAUCAAAGUUGCAAUCGUUCGAUUCGUUCAUCAUCAACAAGUCGCGACGAUCAAUGGACCACAAGUUGGUGGUUGCAAUUUAAGGUUUUGCUUGGUAGAGGACUUAAAGAAAGAAAACAUGAAGCCUAUUCUGGUCUAAGAAUUUUCCAAGUGAUGUCUGUUUCAUUUCUGUCUGGACUUCUAUGGUGGCACUGUAAUACUAAUCAUAUAAUGGAUCAGGUGGGAUUGCUAUUUUUCUUCUCAAUAUUCUGGGGAUUUUUUCCUCUGUUCAGUGCCAUAUUUGCAUUCCCACAAGAGCGUCCAAUGCUCAUAAGAGAGCGUUCGUCUGGCAUGUAUCGCCUUUCGUCUUACUACUUUGCACGAACCGUGGGUGAUUUACCUAUGGAACUUGUACUUCCAACAAUCUUCGUAACAGUAACAUACUGGAUGGGUGGUCUAAAGCCAAAAUUUGUCACAUUUAUACUGACCCUUUUGAUCAUACUUUUAAAUGUGCUAGUGUCUCAAGGACUUGGACUAGCACUUGGUGCAAUACUAAUGGAUGUGAAACAAGCCACAACAUUGUCUUCUGUGUUGAUGCUUGUGUUUUUGCUAGCAAGUGGAUACUACAUUCAACAUAUUCCUAUUUUCAUUAAUUGGCUCAAGUACAUCUCAUUUAGCCACUAUUGUUACAAACUUCUACUUGGAGUACAAUAUUCAAGAAAUGAGGUUUAUGAAUGUGGGAUUGGAAAAUAUUGUGAAGUAUUGGAAUUUCCACCUAUUAAGUAUCUUGGAAUUGACAAUUUGGUACUUGAUGUGGUGGCAUUGGUUGUUAUGUUGGUGGUGUAUAGGCUUUUGGCUUAUGUUGCUUUGAGGUUGUGGCAUCAAUGACUAAAGUGAGUGUGUGUGUGAGAGAGACUUUUGAAUUAGACA